AUGCGUCUACUCAAUCUCUCAUCGCUUCAAACACAAAAAACAAAUAAGAUGACGACGAUUUUAAGCGACAAAAAUCUUGAAAUCGACGACCCCUCUAUCAAACAAUAUCUCGACCUCAUUGAACCACACCUCAAAUUAAGCAUUGAACUUCUUAUUGAACCAAAAAUUAUGCAAGGCAAAACGCCACCACGUCCUCCGAACGCAUGGAUUCUCUAUAAUAAAAAUUUUCAAGCUUGGAAAGGCCAAAAUCUAUCGGCAGUAACAACAUCCCCUAAGGCCUCUUUAAACUGGAAAGGAUUAACGAAAGAUGAACGUCAUGCUUGGACUUUGUUGGGGCAGAUUGCCAAGCAAAAGCAUAAGAAACUUUAUCCAACCUAUCAAUACAAACCAAAUAAGUUUAAUAAACAUGUUGAGGCAACUGGUAAAAAAAAACCAGGGCCAAAGAAAGGACAUAAAAAGGACACAAAAAAUAAUGAUUUCAAUGUAUUUGUAUUUUCGUGGAGUGAACAAAAAAGAAAGUCGGAUUCAUUAGGAGAUCAAAUUAAGAAUCCAGAACCAAUAAUUCAAAAUCCAUCCAAUAAUUUCGAGCAACAGGAUGAACUAAAUAUCAAUAUCAUCCAACAAAAUCCGAUGAUCGAUAAUGAUGGUGUAUAUUACAGUCAUAUAACAACCGUAAAUGAGUUUUCAGAGAAUCUCUUUUCAGAAUCUGACCAUUCAUCUUCAUUCAUUUCCAACUACGGUUCUUUUUGUGAAUAUCCUCCUGCUGGCCCAUUAUCUUCAAUUACUGAUAUCGAUACAGCGUAUCAAACUUUCGAAGAAAAUUUAAAUUUUGAUCAGUUGUCUCAACAUUUUUAA